CUCUUCUCCAACGACACUUUCACGGACAAGAUCAUAGUCAAGUCAUUGAACUGUAGCGAGCGAACGAGACAGAGAUGAAGGAGAAGAAACCAUGCCAGCUCUGCGACAACCUCGCAACCAUGUACUGCGAGCCGGACCAAGCGAACCUGUGCUGGGACUGCGAUUCCAGAGUCCACGGCGGGAACUUCCUUGCGGCCAAGCACCAGAGGAAUCUCCUCUGCCGCUCGUGCCAGAGCCCCACGCUGUGGAGCGCCUUGGGGCCGAGGCUCGCUCCCAUGGCCUCGGUGUGCGAGAAGUGCGUCGGCUGUGGGGCUUGGGACGAUCGCAGCGAUUCUACACGGUCAAGUCACGGAGAAGGAGAGUGAGACAGCAGCGAUUGCAUUGGAGAUAGCGAUGGAGGCAUGGCAGAUGGCGAUGCCCACGGGGAGAAUCA